UUUGAGCGCAGGCGCUCUGCAAUUUCAUUUGGCUGGAGAAAAUUUAAGUGAAUUGCUCAUAUUUUGAAUGAAAUUUGUGAAUUACAUUGUGCAAAAAUCAGAUUUAGUGAAAUAUUUAUCAUCACGCCUGCUGGGUAUCCGGAUUCAUCCGUGGUAAGUCCAUCAGAAUCUUUUUCUAGCUACUCUUCCCGCUGAACCGAAUGAAGAUUUGCUUGCGAGGGGCGAGAGGCGUUUUGUUUUUGAAUGCACUUUCUCUUCCCAUGACAUUUCGUUGCACUUUUUCAAUUGAUGAUGAUGGUAAACCACAUGAUUCAGCAGCAACACCGUCAGUCUGUCCACAUCGCCGCGGGUUUGUAGGUAGUUUGGUGGUGCGUGGUGCGAAGAUCAGGUGUGAAUCAGGCUACUGCAACACACAUUGAGGAAUCAUCCGAUCUGCUGACGAAAUUCCAGCUCUUCUGCGGUGUGUGCGGGCUGCGAAGAGGGAGCCCCAAAAUUGAUAAACCAUUCAACAAUCGCGGCGGCGGUGGUAUCAGAGCGGUCGUAUAGCUGUGGCAGAGGUGUAUCGUCGUCACAACUGGCUAAGCGACUGGCUAAGUGGUCAAGACGGGGCUAGCGGAGGAAAACUCGUUUCUCGCUUUUACGGUCCGUUGUCAGCGAUUUUCACUUUACCUCGGCGCUUGAGCCCAAGUUCGCAGUCAUCGUUCGGAGUUUCGUUCAGUCGGACGUGUUUUCGUUGGUCGGUUCCCAGCAGUAGCAGCUCGAGUUGGUUCACAUUUUGUCGUCACUCAAAGGGAUAGAUAGUUCCCCGAAAAGCUCUCUUCGUGUGUGACAUAACUAGUUACCGUGAAAACGGAUCGGGUUGCUUUGGAGAUACUGGUUCAACGUGUCCGGAAUUAUAUAAUUAACCACAAGGAGAAGAUCUGAACCAUUGGCCUAGUGAAGGAAUAACGGUGCUGUGCGAGCUUCAGAGAAAGUAUCUUGAAUGGAAGACGUGGAAGAGUGAAGCAGACGAGAAAAAAGAAAGUUAUACUUUUGAGUGCCGUUUUAUCUGUCGUGUCUCUUGGAGAAGAAAGUUUUGGUUGUUGUAAGUUUACGUUGGAAGUUGAUUGUGAAUAAAAGUUACAAUGAGCAGUUGGCCGGAGAAUGUUGGAAUUUUGGGGCUGGAGGUGAUCUUCCCUUCGCAGUAUGUGGACCAGACGGAGUUGGAGGUGUAUGACGGCGUUUCGGCGGGGAAAUAUACGAUCGGACUGGGUCAAAGUCGCAUGGGCUUCUGCUCGGACCGCGAAGAUGUCAACUCGUUGUGUUUGACCGUCGUUAACAACCUGUUAGAGCGUCACAAUAUCCCUCACUCGAAAAUCGGAUACCUCGAAGUGGGCACUGAAACCAUCGUCGAUAAAUCGAAGAGUGUGAAAUCAGUGCUGAUGCAGUUGUUUAAACCAGCAGGCGUUACCAAUCUAGAAGGCAUUGAUACUACCAACGCCUGCUACGGUGGCACGGCUGCUUUGUUCCACGCUUGGAACUGGGUUGAGUCUUCCAGUUGGGAUGGUCGUUUGGCGCUUGUAGUUUGCGCAGACAUUGCCGUUUAUGCCCAGGGAUCGGCCAGACCAACAGGAGGUGCAGGUGCCAUCGCUAUGCUGAUUGGCCCCAAUGCCCCUCUAGUGCUAGAUCGUGGUCUUCGGUCUACUUUUAUGGAUCACGCCUACGAUUUCUAUAAGCCAGAUCUUAGUUCCGAAUAUCCAGUGGUGGACGGCAAAUUGUCCAUCCAGUGUUACCUCGGCGCCUUAGAUAACUGUUACCAAUUGUACAGGAAAAAGUACACUCAACAGAACCCAGAUGCUAACGUGAAUCUGGAUGUAUUUGAUGCCGUUAUUUUCCACUCUCCUUACUGCAAAUUGGUCCAGAAAUCGCUCGCUCGAUUGGGACUGAACGACUUUGUACUUACGCCGGAAAAUGAACGUGCUGCCGCCUACCCCGGCUUCGAGCAGUUCCAGAACGUGAAAUUAGAGGAAACGUACUUCGAUCGUGAUGUUGAGAAGGCUUUCAUGACCCAUUACGCGCCAGUAUUCAAUGCCAAAACGAAGAAAUCGCUCCACUUAGCCAAUCAAGUAGGUAACAUGUACACACCUUCUGUGUACAGCGGAUUGGUUUCUCUCUUGGUCAAAAGCGACCUCACCGAACUUGCUGGCAAGAGAGUAGGUGUCUUCUCAUACGGUUCCGGCUUAGCAUCAUCUAUGUAUUCCAUUUCAAUCACCAGCGAUGUCGAAGCUUUGGGAGCUUUCAAAAGCAAUCUGAAUUAUGUCCUGCCACUGUUGGAAUCGCGGCAGAAGGUCGCACCGGAAGAUUUCACCAAGCUGAUGGAGAUCCGCGAAAAGAACAACCACGCUGCUCCCUACGAACCAUCCGGAAGCGUUGAUGUUCUCUUCCCAGGAACGUUCUACCUGCAAUCGGUCGAUAAGAUGCAUCGACGCGUUUACGACAAGGUUCCGCCAAAAUCCGCGCAAACAAACUGUACUUCCUAGUGCCCUUGGUCGCGUCUUGGACUUGGACGAAGCGCAGAGAACGAAAGGCUGGGUUUUCCUUUCGUUCUGGGCUUAUGAUAGAAACAAAAAAAAUGUUAUUUAUUCUUUGUGAAGGUCUAAUCUUACGCCUUGGCUUCAUGUACAAUAAUAGAUAUGACAAAAAUGUGUCGGUCGGAGAGGGUUUUCUUAGUUAAAUGUCGAAUUGUUAAAUCUCAACUUAGAAGCAACUAGUUGUCUAUUGCAUUGCUUACAAACAUUACGUUCAUCUUGCAUACCUUAGACAAUAAAUAACACCUACCAAUCCGUAGACAGUAAAUUUAAACCUUGUUUCCAGUACUCAAUUCUGCUAGAAGACUGAUGAGAGUCAUUCGUAGUUUUACAUUUGAUUUCCAGAAUUACUUAACACUGUAGUAGCUAGUAACAAAAAAUGAAACGAAUAUACUACCAACCGCAUCAACCAAAAAAGCAAAUCCAUGCAACAGGGGCAUCUAUAUGAUAAUGUUACGUACUCUUGUCGUUCCACACAAUCCUACAGUAAAAUAGUUGCAAUUGAAAGAAAGCCGACCUUGCAGUUGGGGAAAAAAGAUACACCUCUUGAGAAAUAGUAGAUUUCAACUAAUUUUAUACGUAGGUAAAAUCUGAACAAAAAAAAACUCAAAGUUUAUAUCGAAGAACAAAAGUUACGCGGAACAAUUUGCAAUAAAGAAAACUAUGUCUUGUAUGAGAUAUUUUGUAUAACAA